AUGCAAUUUAAGGUAAGAAGUCUUUCUAUUUUAUUCGCUAUACUAGCAUUGUCAAUGGCGAGUGCUUCUGCUCCCACUGAUGAGUCGUCUGUUGCCGGCACUAGUGCUAUUCCAGCCGAAACUGCAAUGACGCCCGAAGGCGCAAACCAUGAAGGCUCCAAUGGAGAUGUACGAAGAGAUGAAUCACCCGAAGAGGCGCCCCAAAGGGUUAGCGUAAAGAAAAGAAUAUCCUCGACAUUUACUCGCCUUACCUCUUGUGUAAGAAAACAGCCCAGAGCAGCUAUAAAUCCUCAGGAUGAACAAGAAGAUGGUCCCUAUAGCCCCACUACUGAUUCUUCUCAACCAGACAAUUUACAGUCUCAAACUUCCCAAGAUGGGACCGAGUCUCCCGUUGAUUGUUCUACGGGGCCAGUUAAACCACCCAGAACACAACCACCUGCCAAUGCUAAUCUCACUUCUCAGGCCACCCAUAUUUUACAAGAAGGAUAUGACGGUGAAGAUGAAUCUACUGGGCCUUCCAGGCAACAGAACAAUCCCUUAUAUGCUACUAUCAUUCCCAAACACGCUCGUGUUAAUGGAGGAGAAGGUGUUGCCCAGCCGAUGUCCGCUAUAAACCAACACUACAAUCCCAAUUUAAAUGGCACAGCCCAGCAUGCCCCCCAAGGCUCAUCCACUCCCUUUGAUAGUGACGAUGAAACGAGUGAUUAUACAGUCACUGCACCAACCAUCCAAGGGCAGACUCCUAGCGAACGUACCUCCCAAAUUCCUAAGCCAACCACCACCCGCCCUGCUUCUCAAGCACCACCAGUAUACUCACGGCAACCAGAGUAA